GACUGGUCGCUUAGGGGGAGGAGGAGGAGGAGGAGGAGGAGAAGUCCAACAGUUCAUAAUGUGGCGACUGCACUUUCGUAAGUUUGACAGCGUGAAACGAAAUAGUUUUCAUCAGCGUUAACCUUGUUCCCGUGGUCUCGUCUGUCGCUUUACAACCAGUCUGGUCCCGAGUGGCAGUGGAGGAGCUCAGCAUGCUAAGCUAAGAGACAUGACCAACUUUAGCAACAUCGAUUAAAGUGUGUUGGCAGCUCCGUUGAAAAACCUGUCUAGGUUUUCUUUUGUGUCUACUAUGAGCGCGUCAGAUGAGUACAGAGAACCAGGGGACCAUGCCCAGGAAGAAAACAUCUCCACAGGAGACGACAAGCAUGACUCGGCCAUGUGCUCAGGCAGCAGCAGCGAAAUCAAGAGCCGUGCUGUGGUCAAGUACUGCGCCGCCCCACCUCCCAGCACGUAUGCCCUGCUACAGGAGAAGACCGACCUCAAGCUACCCCCUGCCAACUGGCUGAGAGAGAACUCCCAGCUGGGCACCGCUGGCACCACCGUGUUGGGCUCCAGCAGCAAGGGCAAGCCGUUUUCAAGUUUUGGGAUGGCGUAUGAAUUUAUCGACUGCAUCGGCGAUGACGUCGACGUCGUAUCAGACUCAGAGAACAUCAAGAAACUGUUGAAAAUCCCCUACAGCAAGUCGCACGUCAGCAUGGCCGUUCACCGCGUGGGUCGUACCCUCCUUUUGGACGAUCUGGACAUCCAAGAGCUCUUCAUGAGAUCCUCUCAGACGGGAGAUUGGACAUGGUUAAAGGACUUUUACCAGCGGCUCAUGGAUCAGAAGUGGCAGAGAAAAAAGAAAAGCAAAGAGCAAUGGUAUCAGAAAGCCAUCCUGUCCAAGUUCCUCUACUACAGUAUUAAUGGGGACUGCGCCGCCGAACCCGUUGCGGACAACCUGAACGACGACGAGCAGUGUGGGGCGCAGGAAUUCGGCUCGUCAUGGCCCACCACCUUCACCGGCUCUGAUGCUGACGAGACGGCUGCUUGUAAACAGGAACGUGUGCCCAUGGACAGCAAAUUCGCUCUAGGCCAGGUGACAUCGGUGCCCCAAGAGCAAAACCUCCUAGCGCUCUUUAAUGAAGGAGAAAAUAGUCAGGGUCUAAGGAACGACUUUGUGCGAAACAUCAUGUGGACCUUUGAGGACAUCCAUAUGUUGGUUGGCUCCAACAUGCCGAUCUUUGGAGGGGGCCGCUACCCGGCAGUCAGCCUCAAACUCAGGGACAACAAUAAACCCAUAAAUAUCCUGACGGGUAUCGACUACUGGCUCGACAAUCUGAUGUGUAACGUUCCCGAACUGGUCAUGUGCUUUCACGUCAACGGUAUUGUUCAGAAAUACGAGAUGAUAAAAACAGAGGACAUCCCCCAUCUGGAGAACUCGACUUUUUCCACCAGGGUGGUGAAAGACAUCGCUCAGAACAUCCUCUCUUUUCUCAAGUCUAACUGCACCAAAGAGGGUCACACCUACUGGCUUUUCAAAGCUAGCGGGAGUGACAUUGUGAAGCUUUAUGAUCUUACGACACUGUGCGAGGAGGCCGAAGAGGAGAAAAGCCACAAUCCCUUCACGCUUCCUGUGGCCGUGUUGCUUUACAAAGUGGCAUGCAACCUGAUGAUCAAGGCCAGAGAAAACAGAAAGCACUACGGCACAAUACGAACUCUGCUUUUAAACUGCAUCAAACUUCUGGACCAGGACAGGCAUCCCCAGAUCAUCGCCUCGGCCCACUACAUGCUGUCAGAGCUUUUCCAGCUAGAUGAGCCUCAGGAGGACGACGACGACGGAGGGGAGUCGUUCCGGGCGUGCGGCUCAGAGGACAGCUACAGUAACGAUGACCGCGAAGAGGAUGACGAGGACCUGGAGGUGGAGGAGGAGAGCGACGACAGCAGUUCAGACAGUAACAGCCGCACACGGGACGACAGCAAAGCUGUGGCUGUCAUCCGCUCUGUGGGAGAGCUGUCUGUCCCGGAGAAAUACAAAUCCACUCAGCUGAUCCGACCAGGUUGUGCUUUCCCUGUCUCACAAGACAAAGAGGAGCGAUGCAGACAUGUCCUCAACUACGUAUUAAAGGGGCUGAAGGCAGUAGAUAGCAGCAUCAAGAAGGAGAGUGACCUCCCAGCCGUGGACCCCAAUACACCCAUCCCUCUCAAGUACGAAGACGGGAGCGCUGGCAGAAGCUGCGCCGCGGAGAAAGGCAUCUCUCCUCUCCUUGAAAGAGUGGGGCCCUUGCAGGCGGACCAGAAGCAUCCGACGCGCUCGGGCAUGAUUCCCGGCACGUGGCAGCACCAGAUGAAGCUGCAGCUUUUCCUCAAGGCCUCCAAGGCGUACUACGUGCUGUCCGACGCCGCCACCAACCUGCUGAAAUACGGCCGAGCUUUGCGCUAUAUCAAACUGUCUCUGCAAAGCUACGGUGCCUAUUGUUCCAUUGGCGGCGCGCUACACCCGCAGGUGCUGCUGUUCCACAGCCACGGCCUUUCUCUGUGCGGGGACAUCCAGCUGAUGUUGGCCCAGAAUUCCAACAACAGGGCUGCAUACCAGGAGGAGUACAGCUACCAGACCAAAGAGGACCAGGAGAUCUUACACAGCCUGCAUAGGGAGAGCAGCUGCCAAGCCUUCAACAUGGCGACCGACCUGGCCACGGACCCCGAGUACCAGCUGUUUGUGAGCAGCAAGUGUUACGAGGCCGCCUACGAGCUGCUCGUCUCCCACGCCUUGAAGGAGGAGGCGCCGGAUCAGCUGGCUCAACUGCUCAAACGGCUGGGGAACAUCCGCAACGAGAUGGGCGUCUACUACAUGAACCAAGCGGCAGCCAUGCAGACGGAGCAAGAGAAGACGUCGGUGUCCGUCGCCGAGCAGGAGAUGUGGAAAAAGAGCUUUGCCUUUUUCGAGAAGGGCAUGAAGGACUUUGAAGCCAUCGGGGACAGCACCAACAAAGCGCUGCUGCUGUGCAACAUGGGAAAACUGAUGAGGAUCUGCGCCCAGGGCCACUCUGGCGUCGUCUCCGUGGACGACAGCAGAGGGGAGUUCUCCCCCGAGGAGGCUCUCUACUACCACAAGGCAAUAGACUACUACCUGCGUGCGAUGAGGUCAUUGUCAUGCCGAGAGAAUCACCAGCCAGUGUGGGACAGUGUUAACUGGGAGCUGUCCACUACAUAUUUCACACUGGCAACACUUCUGCAAGACUAUGCGCCGCUGUCCAGGAAGGCUCCAGAACAGAUCGAGCGGGAGGUGACUGAGGCCAUGAUGAAGUCGCUCAAGUAUUGCGACCUGCACACAGAGUCUGCCCGCCAGCCGCUGUACCAGUACAGAGCGGCCACCAUCCACCACCGCCUGGCCUCCAUGUACCACAGCUGCUUCCGCAACCAGGUGGGGGAUGAGCGCUUGAGGAAGCACCACCGGAGCCUGGCGGAACUCCACUACAGCAAGGCCGUGUAUUUGUUCCUCAGUCUCAAAGAUGCGCCGUGCGAGCUGCUCCGCGCAUUACUGGAGAGGGUGGCCUUCGCAGAGUUCACCAUGGCAGCUCAGAACAGCAGCGCGGCCAAGCAGAAGAGCCUGACUGCAGCUCUGGAGAUCAUGGCGGAGACUCGCUGUGCCUUCCAGAUUAUUCACAAAGAGUUGCUGGAGGAGCAGAUAGAGAGAAGCGACGCAGCUCUUCCGGCAUUUUCGGGCUGCCUCGCGUCAGGAGGACUCAACCUCCAGGAGGUGACCAAACUGACCGCUCUGUUCGAGUCGCGCUUCUCCGACCUGCUCCUGCAGCUCAUCAAACUCAUGCUGAAAACCAAACGCAAACCCAGCAAAAAGGACGAAGAGCUGCUGCAAAGCUACAAGAACGUUUACUCCAAGCUGCUGCGCUGCGACAAGAACACGCCUUUGCUCGCCCGCGUUCACCUCUACGCCGAGCUACUACAGCAGCUUACGCCCAACGCAGAAGACUACGGCACUGACAUGGUAUCAUGACGGCACUUUAUAAGGUAUUACGAAACAUAGACUGAAGAGCUACUUUCACCUCUUGCACCUUUUUGAAGAUGGUAGACUUGUGUUUCAAGUUUCUACAUGUAUGGUGGUUAUGCACAACUCCCAAAAACGUUAGCCAUAUUCAGCUUUCAGGAUAAAAUUCAAAUCAGAUCUCAUACCGUUUUGUGAAUUUUGACAUUUAGCUCCUUGUUGUGCAAAAAGUUCUAAUACAUUGAACAGUUGGGCAUGUGCAUUCAAAAGUUUACAAAAGGUCAAAUUAAGUUCACCUGUAAAGUUCCCAGUUCGGCACCUGCGGAUUCACCUAUUUGUGGAUAUUUUCCAUUUUCUUUUAAAUUUGUUUAGUUUAUUUUUGGGAGGGAGGGGGGUGUAAUCCCCAAAACACUUAGUAAUGUAAUAUAUUUUGGUUUCACAAGUAGUACAGUGGUGCCUUAAGAUACGAGGUUAAUUUGUCCCGUGACCACGAUCGUAACUCAAACCAGUCAUCUUUUCCCAUUGAAAUGAAUGGAAAACCGUUCAUCCGGUCCAGCAUCACGCCCCAAAACAACAAAAAUGGUCAUUUAUAUUUUAAUAAGGAAAAAUAGAAUGCCCUAUGAUUGUACUUUAUAAAAACAUAGAGAUAUUUACAAUUCAAGAGAAUUAAAUGUUUUUGUCACACUGCAUCAAUUAAAUGCUGCGCCCGUUCGUCUUGGCCACCUGGGAGCAGACGGCCAUACUGUUCAUUAAGGUGUUAUUAGGAAUCCCACUGUUGUAGGCAGCCCUUAUCGCUAUGCAGCAAGGUGUGUCCUACCUAGACCUCAAGUGGGAUUCAUAACUUCUGAACGCCUCUCUGAGCUCGUCAAUACUGCACUAAUAUUAGUCAUUCAAUUUAGAAGACAAAGAGUAUAUGACUGAGAAGGCCUACUGUUAUAUUGUCUGAUUACAUGAUGUUGCUGAACCAUUUUUGUGCAAUCCAGGGCUUAAAGGGUUAAAACACCACAACAUAGAUGCUCCUUAGCGUUAGCAGUGAGCUAGCACGGCCCUUACUUUAGGCGGUUGUUUGGGUGUUUUAAAUACACAAGGUGUUAUUCACUUUGUUUAGUUUAACAGUAAGCUUCGUCGGGUGGCAUUAAAUAGCUUGAAGCCUCUCUUUUGAACAAUUGUUCAGACUUUUCCAAAUUGCUGCUUAUUGUAAAGUGUGUCGAGUUCACUGCCACCAUACAGUGCUCUUAUCUCAAGUAUAUGCUCGCAA